UUCCUUACUAUUUAUUGCGAGAAAAAAAGGAAUAAGUGCAAGAACGCGAGGAUCCAGAAUUCGAAUCCUCUGUUUUUUUGGCGAUUUUCCCCAAUUUAGGACCAGGAAACCAGGUUCCGAGGACCUCGAUUCCCUAAUUUCUCUGCAAAUCCGGGGUAUUUUUGGACGGCUGCGCUUCUUGCGCAUGCCAUUUUGAGCCAUUUUUUUGAAGCAAUGGCGGGCGAUCAUGGACGUUGCUCCUGAAUCUAGGGUUUUUCUGGGUCGAUUCUGGUUGAAUAACCGCAGGGAUUCAGUGAUCUGGUUUUAGAGGGAGAAAUUGGGGGUCUUUCGACUGGUUUGAUAAUGGCAUCGGCUCAGGUUUUGCCUAAUUCUGUGGCCUCUUCUUCUUCUUCUUCUUCGAGAAAACAGGGGCACCUCGAAGCUGGAAAGCGUAGGCUGGAGGAGUUUCGAAAGAAGAAGGCUCAGGCCAAAAAGAAUGCUUCAAAUGAUCAAUCACCGUUUGCUGAUGUGGCUUCUGCCUCAUCGGAGCAAGCUCUGCAAGGAAGUCAGCAAGCGAAGAUUCUUGAUUCGGAUGGAGUAUCUAAAAGAGAUAAUGGUGUGGAUCAAAACAUCACUGCUUCUGACAACUUGAUGUCAACUAGCUCAGUCUUGCAUGAUGCCCAAGCUGUUCCUGUGAUUAGAAGUAGUGUCACUGUUCCUUUACAUGGGAGGCAUUCUACAGAUAAUGUUGAAAACUCUGAUGCAUCUUUAGUACAGAUACCUAGAAGGACAGAGGUUUCUGCCGAGCUUGAUAGUGGUGGCUUUCCUGGGCCUAUGUCCAGUACAAAUGACAUUAAAAGAAUUGAAGAAAACAACCAACAUGAUUUUCAUAAAGGAAAUGGAAUAACACCCCAAAUUCUCACAGACCAGUUUGCUUCCUUUACUUCAGUGCAUGGAGCGCCAGAUGUUGAUGAGAGAAUCCGGCGAGCCAAUUCCUAUGGUUCAAUUGGUCCCAAGUUGAAUGAAGAGUCAGGCAUCUAUGAUAUUUUUGGAAGGAGUAGCCUGGUAAAUACAACCUCAGAAGUUCCUGAACAUAGCCAGGUCGAAUAUAGCCGUCCAACUUCCAAUCGCACAUCGAGCUCUUAUUAUGAUCUCAUCUAUUCUAACAGCAACAAAAUGGAGCCAGCGUCAAAAGGUUGGCAAAAUGGUCCCACCGUUGACAUGGAAGGAAGGAAUUCUGGUGUGUCUGGUAAUCAUCAUUCUCAUAUCAACAGUAUACCAUGGCAGGCAUCAGAAACAACUUCUACAGCUUCCAAUUUCAGUUCCGGAAGUUCUUAUAACCAUGUUCCUUUGGUGACUGCAGCAUCAGAAUCUAGUAGUCAUCGAUCCCGCCCAUCGUUCCUCGACUCUCUUAAUGUGCCUAGAGUUUCUUUAGCUACUCAUCCUGCAUUUAGUGAUUCUUAUAGUGCUGAAUCUUCUAUGAAGUUUAAAACUCCUGAGGUUAAAUUCAUGGAGCAUCAGACAAAUGAAUCUUCCCAACUUCCAUUUCCAGAGGCAAAGGAUCUUGAGCAUUCUGGGACGUUGAACGAUCUAGAUGUGCAAAGUAUGAAUGACCACAGUUUAUCGGUUUCUUCUCAUUCCAUAAGCCAUGAUAUAGAGUCUCUGAGGCAGUUGAUCAAGGAUGAGAAUUCUCUGAGACAGUUCGAAAAUUUGUCCAAGAAAAAUGAAGACUUCGCUGCAUUGGAACAGCAUAUUGAGGAUUUAACACAAGAAAAGUUCUCUUUGCAGCGAGCCCUUGAUGCAUCACGAACUUUGGCUGAAACAUUAGCCUUGGAAAAUUCUUCUCUUACAGAUAGCUUUAACCAACAGGGGGGAGUCGUAAACCAACUGAAAUCUGAUCUGUCAAGACUACAAGAGGAAAUCAAGGUUCAGCUGUUGGCACUUGAUACAAUGAAAAUGGAGUACACGAAUGCUCAACUUGAAUGUAGUGCUGCUGAUGAGCGAGCUAAGAUACUAGCAUCUGAGGUUAUCGGUCUUGAGGAGAAGGCGCUUAGAUUGCGAUCAAAUGAGUUAAAGCUGGAGCGACAAUUGGAGAACUCAAAUGCUGAGUUUGCUUCUUGCAAAAAGAAAAUAUCCAAUCUUGAGAGAGAUCGCAAAGAAUUGCAGGCUACAAUAGAUGCUUUACGCGAAGAAAAAAAGCUAUUGCAGUCGAAGUUGCGUAAAGCUGCGACUGGGAAGGUGGCUGAGAUUAGCAGGAAUCCCACCGUUACCAAAGAUGUAUCAACAUCCACUGAAGAUUUAGGAGCUGAAGUUCGAGAUUCUAAUGAAGGGGAGGCUGUUGCUAUGGAUGCAAUGUCUGCCAUUGCCUCUAAUCAAGUGGAACGUAUUGAAUCUUCUGCUUUGCUACAACCUGCAAAUAUACAAACUUAUAUUCAAGACUCAUCGGCUUCUAUCCCCCCUGACCAGAUGAGAAUGAUUGACAACAUUAAUUCUUUGCUUUCUGAGUUGGCAUUGGAGAAAGAACAUCUGACAAGUACUCUUGCUGUUGAAUCAUCCAAUAACUCGAAGCUUAAGGAAACAAACAAGGAAUUAUCCCAAAAGCUAGAAGCUCAGACUCAAAGAUUGGAGCUUUUGAUUGCUCAAAGCAUGGCCCAUGAAAGUAUUUCUGGCUCAGCUGUACCAACUGACUCCCAUAUGAUGCAUGAUGCUACAGUAUAUGCAGACGAAGGGGAUGAGGUGGUUGAGAGAGUAUUGGGAUGGAUAAUGAAGCUCUUCCCAGGAGGCACAACGAAGCGUCGCACCAGCAAGCUCCUUUGACAAAAGCCAUAGGGGUUUUAUUCUACUCAAUUUUUUUUGGUGGUAUAAAGCUACCACCUGUAUAUUGUGAAAGUGAUUUGAGAAAUAUAUCGAUAUAUAGUCCAUUCUUUGAACUGGAAAACAGAAUCUGGGUUGGUCCUUGAUGGGUGGUUUAUUCAUGGAAUAAAGAAGCCCUUGGUCUACCCUUUCUCCUAUUGACAAUCGGAAAUUUUGUAUUCUUCCCAUGUUACAAGGAAAUUAUAAAGAUCACGUUCAUGUUGUUCAUGGAUAAAAA